AUGGCCGCCUCCACCAUGUCUGUCUGCUCUGACGCCUGCACCAACUCCUCCUGGCAGGUGGAUGACUGCCCAGAGAGCUGCUGUGAGCCUACCUGCUGUGCCCCCAGCUGCUGCCAGCCCAGCUGCUGCCAGCCCAGCUGCUGUGUGCCCAGCUGCUGUGUGCCUAGCCCCUGCCUGACCCUCAUCUGCACCCCAGUGAGCUGUUCAUCCAGCCCCUGCUGCCAAUCUGUCUGCUGCUCACCCUCAUGCUGCCAGCCCUCAUGCUGUCAGUCUUCCUGCUGUGUGCCUGUCUGCUGCAAGCCUGUCUGCUGCAAGCCUGUCUGCUGCACACCCAUCUGCUCUGGAUCCUCCUCAUGCUGCCAGCAGUCUAGCUGCCAGACCUCAUGCUGUCAAUCCUCCUGCUGUGUGCCUGUCUGCUGCAAGCCUGUCUGCUGCAAGCCUGUCUGCUGCACACCCAUCUGCUCUGGAUCCUCCUCAUGCUGCCAGCAGUCUAGCUGCCAGCCCUCCUGCUGUCAAUCCUCCUGCUGUGUGCCUGUCUGCUGCAAGCCUGUCUGCUGCAAGCCCUGCUCCAGUGUGUCCCUGCUCUGCAGCCCUGUGUGCAGACCUGCCUGCUGUGUGCCCACCUCCUCCUGCUGUGCCUCCUCCUGCCAGCCCAGCUGCUGCAAGCCCUGCUCCAGUGUGUCCAUGCUCUGCCGCCCUGCCUGCUCCCGCCAGGCCUGCUGUGGCCUCUCCUCGGGCCAGAAGUCCAGCUGCUGCUGA